AACUUUCAGUCAAAUCCUUUUUGUCUCUCUCUUUCAAAUGUAAUCUCAGAUUCUCACCACCUUCCAAAUUCCCUUUCAAUAAUAAUAUACAGAUAUGAAUCUACAGACUACAAAUAAUUCUAGCUAUGACUCUCACUCACUCAUUCUCUCUUCGUAUUCCAAAUGACUCUCUCCUAUCCUUCCACCACCACCAAUGGCCGCGGCGGCGCCACCACCACAACUACUCUCUUCUUCGCCACCUUUAUUCUCACAACAUCCUUCUCCUUCUCCUUCUCCUUCUCUGAUGACAACGUCUUAUUCCCCAAUUGUCAUCUCACUUUCUCCUGUGGUUCCAUCCGUAACAUCACCUACCCAUUCACCGGCGGCGAUCGCCCUAACUACUGUGGUCUCCCGGAUUUCAAACUCCGAUGUGUUGACGACAAACACACCGAGUUCACUCACCAAUCACUUACUUACCGUGUUCUUUCUAUUAAUCAGUCAUCAACGACCAUGACUGUAUCGAGAAUCGACCUCUGGAAAAAUUCCUGCCCUUCGCAAUUCAUCAACACUAUUUUUAAUUCUACUCUUUUCAACAUUGACCGUAACGAAGACGAAGAACUUUCGUUGAGCUACGGCUGCGAUGUCUCUGCAUUGGUUAUCACGCCUCAGAAUUUGCUCAACUGUAGUGUAGAUGGUUUGAAUUUCACCGGCGCAUUUUACUUACUAGGUCCAAUUCCAAAUGACCCUUUUCUGAAUGUCAUAACUUGUACAACUAUGGUCACUGUUCCGAUGUUUAGAACAGUGGGUAAAAUGCUAUAUAGCAAUGAGAUUACUCUUGGGGAGGCAUUGAUGCAGGGGUUUAGUGUGAAAUACGAUACCCCUUAUGAUAGGCGCUGUUCUGAGUGCAAGAGUCUGGGUGGGAAUUGCGGAUUUAUUGUGGGAUUGUCUCAGCUAAUUUGUAUUUGUGGAGAAAUGCCUUGUACAUUUCUUCGAGAACAUUCUCAUGAACGUUCCUCACAAGAUAACCGAAAGAAAAAUCAGAUGCCACUUGCAGUAGGCAUUAGCGUAGGAGGUGCUGUACUUGCCGGCAUUGGUGUUGGGUGGCUAGUCUUCUUCUGCAGACAAAAGAGAAAGCGGAUUGCAUCACAGGCUUCAGCUUCCCAAACCGAAAGGAAGGAUCUUCCAAUUUUAAGUUCAAGCAAUGGGCUGAGUUCCUCUUCUACUCCUUCUUCAACCACUUUCACCAGAAGCAUUCCCUCUUAUCCCUCUUCCAAAUCUGAAGCUGAUUGCGGGAGGGGAAGCUCCUACUUUGGGGCACAUGUCUUCAGUUUUGCUGAACUUGAAGAAGCCACGAAUAAUUUUGAUCCAUCUAAAGAACUUGGGGAUGGUGGUUUUGGUGUCGUGUACUAUGGCAAGCUCCAUGAUGGUCGCGUGGUUGCAGUCAAGCGCUUGUAUGAGAACAAUUUCAAGCGUGUGGAGCAGUUCAUGAAUGAAGUAGAGAUUUUAACUAAGCUCCGCCACAAGAACCUAGUGUUGUUGUAUGGGUGUACUUCUAAACGAAGCCGAGAUUUACUGCUUGUUUAUGAGUAUAUACCAAAUGGGACAGUGGCAGAUCAUCUGCAUGGUAAACAGGCCAAAUCUGGCUUACUCUCUUGGCCUGUCCGAAUGAACAUUGCCAUUGAGACUGCUGAAGCUCUGGCUUAUCUCCACUCCUCAGUUAUAAUACACCGUGACGUCAAAACCAACAACAUUCUGUUAGACAAUGAUUUCCAUGUGAAAGUUGCUGAUUUUGGGCUAUCAAGACUGUUCCCAACCAAUGUCACACAUGUCUCUACUGCUCCACAGGGUACACCAGGCUACGUUGAUCCUGAAUACUACCAAUGUUACCAGCUCACUGAAAAGAGUGAUGUCUAUAGUUUUGGGGUGGUCUUGGUAGAGCUGAUCUCAUCAUUAGAAGCUGUGGAUACCAACAGGCACCGCCAUGAUAUUAAUUUGUCUAAUAUGGCUGUCAACAAGAUCCAAGGCCAUUCAAUUCAUGAAUUAGUUGAUCCAAGUCUUGGAUACUCAACAAACAGUUCCGUGAGGAGGAUGACUACAUUAGUCGCUGAGUUAGCUUUCCGAUGUCUGCAACAAGAUAGAGAUCUGAGACCUUCAAUGCAAGAAGUGCUGGAGACAUUGAGAGGCAUCCAGAAUGGAGAGUCGAAAGCACACAAUGCUGAGGUACUGGAUAUUGUGGUAGAUGAUGUUGGGCUCCUAAAGGACUCCUUUUCUUCUCCGGAUUCAGUUGCCACUGGCAAAUGAGUUGACAGCUCCACACCACAUUCUAGUGGAUGAAAUAUGUUUUUCAGGUCGGUUGAAUUCAAUGCUAGAUGGAGAAGCAACUACUAUUUUGGCACUUGUGAUCAGUGUCAUGUUUGGGCUAGUAUCUCGCGUCUUCCAUAGAUAAUUAAUUUCUUAUUUUUGCUUAUAUAUAGUUAUCUUGUUAUCGUCAAUAUUUUCUGUGGGAGAUUAUCUAAAACUGCUUUUCGCGUAAGGCAAUGUAUAUAAAUAGUGAAUAGGGCUG